UUUUCUUCGAAAUUGCCAAUACACUCUUCCAGCUCCACCUGAUUAAUCUUUUUAUCAAAUUACCAAUUUAUCCUUUACCCCGGCCCUAUUUUCUUCUAAUCUGUUCCGUUCGGUCUCUCUCCGAUUCCCCACCCAUCCGGCGAAAACCUCAUUCGUUCCCUGGACAGAAACAGAAACAAACAAUGGUUUGCUUGGCUUGUCUAUUACCGCUCUUCCUCGUCCCAAUCGUCAACGUACUGCCGCUUCUCUUCUACUACAUCAUGGGAAAAGUUUAUGGGCUUCUCGGGUGGGAGUACAAGAAGCCGGAGAGAGCUCCUGUGGCAUGUCCUUAUAAGCCCGCAGCCAAAAAGGACAGCAAAGCCGGAGAAGCGGCUGAGCCUCCUCCAACAGAGUCUGUACCAAAAUCUGUAGGAGUCGUUGACGGCAAGGAAGAUUGAGCUUCACUCCUUGAUCAUUUGGGUCAAUGAAUUUAUAUUUUUGAUAAAUUGUGGCUUUUAUUGUGGAUUAGAAUGCUAAUAACUGAAGUUAUAUGAUGCCAUCGAAUAUAAAGUUUAUCUUUUAUUA